GUCGCUUCAGUCGUGCCGCGACCGUCGAAUCGUGAACCUCGUUUUUUACGCUCGCUUAUUCUUCCUCGUGUCUUCGAAGAGAAAGAGUGAGAAAGAAAGAAAGAAAGAAAGAAAGAAAGAAAGAUAGAAAAAGACAGUCGAUCUCUUCAUCUUCUUUUACGGGAAUCGAUUUCGAUUCGUAGCAAAAAGCAAAAGAAAAAGAAGAACCGAAAGAGAAAUAAAAACUAAAACAAGAAAGAAAAAUCUUUGCAACGUCUCUCGUUCUUGUUGGUCCUCCUCGUCGGUGAACGACCUCGACUCGAAGGAUCAUGGCCAGUCACAGGGCUACCAAAUCCGGUUUUGCAGCGGAAGCGCAGAGAAAGAUCAAUAGCAAAUACAGUGAAGAACUAGCUCAAGAAUGUUUGGAGUGGAUUAAAACGAUCACUGGUGAGGACAUAAAUAUCAAUGGCGAUAUGGAUAGUUUCUAUGAGGUUCUGAAAGAUGGUGUACUUCUCUGCAGGUUGGUAAAUGAUAUUAAGGAAGGAUCCGUAAAGAAGAUCAAUAAAACGACUUUGGCUUUCAAGUGUAUGGAAAAUAUAAAUGCAUUUCUUGAAGCUGCACGAGCAUUAGGUGUCCCACCUCAGGAAACCUUCCAAACUGUUGAUCUUUGGGAACGACAAAAUUUGAACUCUGUUGUCAUUUGCUUACAAUCUCUUGGAAGAAAGGCGGGUAACUAUGGCAAGCCAAGUAUCGGACCAAAAGAAGCGGACAAAAAUGUCCGUAAUUUCACCGAGGAACAACUUAGAGCUGGUCAAGGUGUUAUAAGUCUACAAUAUGGUAGCAAUAAGGGUGCCAAUCAAAGUGGCAUUAAUUUUGGAAACACCAGACAUAUGUAAACCGUAGAUUAACAUGGAACAAAUUCUUCCAUGAGAACGCAGUAUAAUUUUAUUUUAUUUUAUUUUACUUCCAUAAGUACUCAAGCUAUAGGCGUACUCUAUCGCAUAACUUUCUUCUUCAGCGGGCCAAAUUUGAUCUAUGCGUAAGAUAUAUAUAUAUAUAUAUAUAUAUUUAAAAUAUAUACAUAUAUAUAUUAUGCAUAUAAUAGGAAUAAGCAAAGAGAAAAAAUAAAUAAACAUACUGUAAAAGUCCAUUUACGCGUGCGUUGAAUAUCGAAAUGAGUAUCGGUAUGUUGUAAAUUUUAAUCUACCUGUCCUGGUAAUAAUACAAUAAAAACAGAUAAAAAACCGAACGUUUUAAACGAUUAACUAUUACUGUGCAAGUAUAUAGCUCUCUGGACUAAACAAGUAGAAUGUAUACUUGUUAAAUCAAGAACAAAGACAUAUGCUACGUGUGGAUUUUUAUAUUGGACAGUGUAGAAAAAUAAUUGUUAUGUAUUACAAGUAUAUUAUAAUACAGAA